AUGUCCAAAUCAGUCCUCAUCACAGGCUGCACCCCCGGUGGCAUAGGCCACUCCCUCGCUCGGGAGUUCAAAUCCAAGAACUUCCGUGUCUUCGCCACCGCACGCAAGGCAGCUUCCAUAUCUGACCUCGAACAACAAGGAAUCGAAACAUUAUCGUUAGAAGUGACAUCCAGCGAAAGCGUCAAAGCCUUGAAAGAUGAAGUCACCUCCCGCACAGGCGGGACGCUGGACAUUCUCGUCAACAACGCUGGGCGAAACUACACUGUCCCUGCCCUGGAUGUGGAAAUGGAGGAGAUCAGGCAGACUUUCGAGGCGAAUUUGUUUGGAGUUAUGGCGAUGUGUCAGGCUUUUGCACCCCUCCUGGUUGAAGCGAAAGGGACUAUUGUACAGAUCGGAUCUUUGGCGGGAAUCAUGCCCUACGUCUUCGGCAGCGUCUACAACGCCUCCAAAGCAGCGCUGCACUCCUACUCCGACACGUUGAGGGUGGAGCUCGCUCCCUUCGACGUCAAAGUCGUGACCGUCGUGACUGGUGGUGUCAAGAGCAAUAUUGCCCGGACACACCGAGACCUUCCGCCGAAUUCCAUCUACCUGCCGCUGAGUGAGGAAUAUAAGCAGCGAUUGACGCACAGUCAGGCUAUGGGAAUACCGAACGAAGAGUACGCCAGAACCGUUGUCAAGCAAGUACUGGGUAAUCCAGGAAAGACACAGGUUUGGGCGGGUGGUUCGUCAGUCUUGGUGUGGUUCGUCAGCAACUUCCUGCCGAAGUGGGUGCUGGGUUUUGUGAUGACCAGGAUGUUUAAGUUGUGGAAGUUGAGGGGGACAUACCAGUAUCAAAAGAAAGUGCAGUAG